AUGUCCAAUCACACUCCCUUAUACGGGACCAAGAAAUCGGGGUCGUUCGAGUCGCUCCAGACCAUCGAGGGCGGCGCGGCCGACGUCCCCAAGCUGCUGUCGAACCCGCCCACCACGCGCGCCGUGGGCAUCCAGCUGCCCAAGCUCAACCGCCCCGAGACGCGUGUCCCGGUCGAAUUCCGCACCCUCUCGAUCCAUGUCUACGACUCGCAGCGCUUCGACGCCAGCACGGGCCAGGCGCUGCCUGAGAAGGGCCGGCGCCGCUUCUGGCAGAAAAAGGCGGCAGCGGCUGACGGGGUUGUUCAGGAGGACGACGCCGCUUUCUUCGGCAAACUCGACCUGCACACCAUCACGCCGAAUGUCGCGUGCCAGCGCUUCAACGUCGCCCCGGACUUGGGCCUGGAGACGACCGCUGCCGUCCGCCGCCUCCAGCGUAACGGCCCCAACGUGCUCACCCAGAGGAGGCCCCCAUACUGGCGCAAGCUUGCACGCUACCUCUUUGGUGACUUUUGCUCCAUUCUUUGGAUCGGUGUCAUUGUUUUCUUCAUCUCGUGGAGGCCGCUCGGUGAUCCGCCCGCGCCGUACAAUCUCGCCCUCGCCAUCGUAGUCAUUAUCGUUAUUCUCUUCCAGGCGUUCUUCUCGGCCUUCCAGGACUGGUCGGCUCAGAAGAUCAUGGCCUCGAUCCUCGACCUUGUCCCCGAAUCGGCCGUCGUCCUCCGCGACGGUGCUACCAAGUCGGUGCCCUCUAGCGACCUCGUCGUGGGCGACAUUGUCCUCCUGUCCAACGGCCAAAAGGUGCCUGCCGACAUUCGUAUCCUCAAGGCCAGUCAGGACCUCAAGUUUGACCGCGCCGUUCUGACAGGCGAGUCCGAGGAGAUCACGGGAGCGGUCGACUCUGAUGAGCCCAACUUUCUCGAGGCCAAGAACAUUGCGCUGCUCGGCACCCAUGUGUGCAACGGCUCGGCGACUGGAGUCGUCGUGCUCACUGGCGCGCGCACCGUCAUGGGCCGCAUCAACAACCUAACCAACACUGGAGCCACCGAGCGCACCAACUUGCAGCGCGAGAUCACGCGCUUCGUCAAGAUCAUCAUUACGCUCACGCUCAUUCUCAUUACCAUCAUGCUCAUCACAUGGCUCGCAUGGUUGCGCCGCGACCACUAUGACUUUAUCAACACGGUUGGCAUCCUCACCAACCUCAUGGCGCUCGUUGUCGCCUUCAUCCCCGAGGGCAUGCCGAUCGCGGUCGCGUUCACACUCUCACGCAUCGCCACGCAGAUGCGCGACGCACGCAUUCUGCCAAAGUCGCUUUCCACGGUCGAGACGCUCGGAUGCGUCUCCGUCGUCUGCUCAGACAAGACGGGUACACUCACGGAGAACCGUAUGAGUGUCGCUUCCAUCGGCUUUGUCGAGGGCACGUUCCGUGCCAAUGAGAUCAAGCCAGAGCACCCGGCGCUCAAUCAGCUGCGCAAGUGCAUGACCCUCUGCAACGACGCAAAAUGGGACGAGCAGGCGGACAGCGAGGUCUCGGACGACAACCCGUACAUGACGUCGUCGACAAAGGAGACGGCCAGGGACAUGGAAGAGUCCAAGGAGUCCAAGGAAACCAAGGACACCAAGGACAAGAACACCAAGAACAACAACAAGGACAAGGAAGCUGCUCCUCCCCAGCGCAAGAUUAUCGGCAACGCCACGGACGCUGCGCUCCUCCGCUUCACGGCGUCCCUCCCGGCCACCACCCUCCCCUACACCCGUUCUUACGACGUGCCCUUCAACUCGCGGAACAAGUUUGCCCUCAGCCUGAUAAUCUCGACCAACGGAAAGACCGCCGAAUUGCUCAUCAAGGGUGCCCCAGACAUUCUCAUCGACCGCUGCACGUCGUACCUGUCCGCAACCGGCUCUGUCCUCCCGCUCGAUGCCCCCGCGCGCGCCGGCCUCAUCGGCACACAGGAGCAGUGGUCGCGCCAGGGCCAGCGCGUCAUUCUCCUGGCGUCGCGCGACGUUCCCACCUCGCUCUGUGACUCUGCCGACCUCGAGCACGACGCGAUCGAGGCCGUCGCCAACCUCACUGUCAUCGGUCUUGUCGGCAUCGUCGACCCGCCGCGCCCCGACACGGCACACACCGUUUCCGAGGUGCGCCGUUGCGGUGCUCGCUUCUUCAUGGUUACGGGUGACUUUGCUCUGACCGCCGCGGCGAUUGCGCGCGACGUCGGCAUCCUCACGGGCGAAGCUGACCCCGACCGCAUCCCCGAAUUUACCGCCAAGGACCGCUUUGCGCAGGCCGCCGAGAUCAAGGCCGAGCGCCUCACGUACAUCGAGUCGUCGCUGCUCGUCGAGGGUAAGGAGAUCCCCGACCUGACCGAAGCCGACUGGGACGUCGUCGCAAAGUACGCCGAGGUCGUGUUUGCCCGCACCACGCCUGAGCAGAAGCUCCGCAUCGUCACCGAGCUCAAGGCCCGCGACUGCAUCGUCGCCGUCACUGGCGAUGGUGUCAAUGACGCGCCGGCACUCAAGGCCGCCGACGUCGGUAUCGCCAUGGCGUCGGGCUCCGAAGUCGCCAUGGAGGCCGCCCACCUCGUUCUCCUCGGUAACUUUAGCUCCAUCCUCGAUGGCCUCCGCCUCGGCCGUCUCGUGUUCCAGAACCUGCAGAAGGCAAUCAGCUACCUCCUUCCUGCCGGAUCGUACUCGGAAGACUGGCCUGUUAUCCUCAAUGUCUUCUUCGGCGUGCCGCUCCCACUUUCAUCGUUCCUCAUGAUCAUCAUUUGCUGCUUUACAGACCUGGUAUCGUGCUGCACACUCAUCUUUGAGCAGGAGGAAUACGACCUCCUCUCCCUUCCGCCGCGCGACCCCAAGCACUCACACCUCGUCAACGUCCCAAUCUACAUCCAGAGCUACCUAUUCAUGGGCACCAUGGAGAUGAUCACGGCCCACGCCAUGUUCUUCUACUACAUCUACUCUGCUGCUGGCAUCCCUCCUUCGGGCAUGUUCUUUGUAUUUGCAAAGUACUCGGAGGGCUACCACGGCCACUCUCAGGCGGCGCUCAACCACUUCCUCAACACGGGCCAGUGCGUCUACUUUGUCACACUCGUUAUUCUCCAGGGCUUCAACCUCAACUCGGUGCGCAACAAGCGCAAGUCCAUCUUCCAGCGCGGCCCUCAGUACAACUGGCGGGUACUCGUCGGCCCGCUCUUCUCCAUCGCCAUUGCCAUCUUCGUCACCGAGGUGCCUGGCAUCCAGAACCUCUUCGGCACCGCCUCGGUCCCCAUCAAGUUCUGGUUCAUUCCCAUCCCCCUUGGCGUCGGCAUCCUCGCCAUGGACGAGAUCCGCAAGCUCGCCGUGCGCACCUGGCCCCGCGGACCCAUUGCCCGCAUCGCGUGGUAG